AUGAGUCCUAACCAAUACUGUUAAGAUUAAUGUAUAUCAUCUUGUGAAACUCCAGUAGAUACUCAAGAUGUCAAAACUUGCUAUAACUAAUGCUGUGGAUCUACUGAGAAACUAAUUAGAAACCUCAAUCUUGAGAAAACAGACCAAUUUAUCGAAGAUAUCAGCAACUAAAAUUCUGAUAAGAUUGUUGUUGAUUUCAAUUUGUGUAAAAAUUAGUGUCAGUACCAGUAGUAAUCAUCUGGUUGUUUUGACCGAUGCUUUUUAACUGACAAUAUUAUCUAGUAUAAAUCUUUUUAAUAACAACCAAGCUUAGAUUUAUCUCUUAUGCAGGAGUGUGAAAGAGUAUGUCCUGAUCCGAAUGAGAUAUGUAUAACAAUGUGCAAGCAAAACGCCUAUGAAAUCUUAUCCCUAUAGUAACUAUAGCAGAAUAAAAUCUUGUUGGAAGAUCAUUCAGAUUAAUAAAAAAUUGACAGUAAUGAGAUGAAGGCUUAUUAUUCUUGCAUUGUGUACUGCAAUUUUGACGAUUAAGCUUGUCUUGAAAAAUGUGCUCAAAACUCAUUUAAUGCCUCUUUAACUAGCAUUGAAACAUCUCAAAAAUAACGUAAAUAAGCACUUCUUCAAAUAAAGCAUUCCUAAACUCUAAUUAAUGUUGGCAGAGAUGUAUCAGAUUCGAGUGAUCCUGAUAGUAUUUAUCAGUAAAUAAUCAAUGAAGACAUCAAAUAAAAAAUUUCAGCUUCAAUCUUAAACUUAUAAAAUUUGGAAGACCCAGUAUGCUCGAGAGAUUGUUUUAAUAGAUACGCCGAUAAUGAACCCUUCAGAAUAAUGAAAGAUUGCAUUGAGAUAAGAUGUUAAGAUGAAUCCAAGCUUCAUUAGAAAAUAAAUCUUAAAAAUAAAACUGUGAAAAUGUAGUAACUUAAAAGUCAACUCAAAUUCGAUAGGUUUGAGUAAGAUUACUACCCAGACCUUGAUUUUACAGAUGAAUUAGUCGCCUCAUGCAGUUUAAAAUGUUUUAGCUUUUAAACAAAGUACGCUUUUUCCAUCCUUAGACCAUGUCUUGAGGAAAUCUGCUUAGCUAAUUCUAAUAUGAGUUCGCCUAAUCAAAGCUAUCUUGUAAGCAUGAUAUAACCAUUGGGAGAAUAAAUCAAGGAUAAAUACGAUGCGAAAACUGUAAUGAAAAUUUGCAUGAGUAUUUCCUUUGGAUUUGGAGCACUCUACACAGUUUUAUAGGUUAAACAACUCAGAAAAGAUAAUAUCUAUUAUGACUCAACUAAGAGAAAUUUUUGA